GGCGGCAGUGCCGGGCCCGGGGCCGGCUGCGAGCGGCCGCCAUGUGGCCGUGCGGCGGGCGGCGGCAGCGCCGCCUCGGGGGCGCAGCGGUGCUGCUCGGCGUGCUCUGGCUGCUGGCCCGGAGGUUUAACUGGAGUGAGCUGAUCCCUGUGCGGUUAUGGGGGAGGACCCUCGGCUUGCAGACAGAAAACUCUCAGUUCCUGCUGGAAGGCAUGCCUUUUCGCAUCUUUGGAGGCUCGAUGCACUAUUUCCGAGUCCCCAGGGAGUACUGGGAAGAUCGCAUGCUUAAGAUGAAAGCCUGUGGUUUAAACACCCUCACGACGUAUGUGCCGUGGAACCUUCAUGAACAAACAAGAGGGAAGUUUGACUUCAGUCAGGACCUGGAUCUAGAGGCCUUCCUUUCGCUGGCAGCUAAAAAUGGGCUGUGGGUGAUUCUGCGUCCGGGACCUUACAUCUGCUCUGAAUGGGACCUCGGUGGUCUGCCCAGUUGGCUCCUGCAAGACCCAGAAAUGCAACUGAGGACAACGUACAAGGGCUUCACCGAAGCUGUGGAUGCCUAUUUUGAUCAUCUACUGCCUAUUGUAGUCCCUCUUCAGUACAAGAAAGGAGGCCCCAUCAUUGCAGUGCAAGUGGAGAAUGAGUAUGGUUCCUAUGCCAAAGACCCAAACUACAUGGCCUAUGUUAAAAUGGCUCUGUUAAGCAGGGGGAUUGUGGAACUGCUGAUGACCUCAGACAACAAGAACGGGCUAUCCUUUGGCUUAGUGGAAGGAGCACUGGCCACUGUUAACUUUCAGAAACUGGAACCUGGGGUACUGAAAUAUCUGGACACGGUACAGAGAGAUCAGCCAAAGAUGGUAAUGGAGUAUUGGACUGGCUGGUUUGAUAACUGGGGAGGCCCUCACUAUGUCUUCGAUGCAGACGAAAUGGUGAAUACUGUAGCAAGCAUCCUCAAAUUAGGAGCAUCCAUCAAUCUCUACAUGUUUCAUGGAGGCACCAACUUUGGCUUCAUGAACGGUGCUUUGGAGACUGAUGAAUACAAGUCAGAUGUCACCAGUUACGAUUACGAUGCUGUGCUGACAGAGGCUGGAGACUACACAUCCAAAUUUUUCAAGCUUCGACAACUCUUCAGUGCAAUCAUUGGCCAGCCUCUUCCUCUCCCUCCCAUGAUUGAAAGCAAGGCAUCAUACGGUGCAAUCCUGUUGCAUCAAUACAUCUCUCUCUGGGAUGUGUUACCAUCUCUUAUACAGCCCAUUAAAUCAGAGUUUCCAGUUAACAUGGAGAACCUCCAUCUGAAUGAUAGCAGUGGGCAGUCCUAUGGAUAUGUACUCUACGAGACUGUCAUAUUUGGUGGUGGACACCUGCAUUCAAGGGACCAUGUCCGUGACCGAGCACAGGUGUUUGUUAACACCAUGUAUGUUGGUGAGCUGGAUUACACCACCGUGGAGCUCUCCCUUCCUGAAGGACAGGGAUUCAGGCAGCUAAGACUCUUAGUAGAGAACCGUGGUCGUGUCAAUUAUGGCCUGACAUUGAAUGAACAGAGGAAAGGCUUAAUUGGUGACGUCUUCUUGAAUAAAACCCCUUUGAGGAACUUCAAGAUUUACAGUUUGGAGAUGAAACCUGGCUUCAUGAAAAGCUUGCAGCAUGUUGCUGGAUGGAGUGCGGUCCCAGAUUACUUUGUGGGUCCUGCUUUUUUUCGUGGAAGGCUGUGGAUAGAGCAUCAGCCACAGGAUACUUUCUUGAAGCUACAGGGCUGGGAAAAAGGCGUUGUGUUUGUCAACGGUCACAACCUUGGCCGCUACUGGAAAAUUGGACCUCAGGAAACACUCUACCUUCCUGGCCCCUGGUUACGGAAAGGAAACAAUGAGAUUGUCAUUUUUGAAGAACGCACUGCAGGACGGAUAAUACAGUCUGUUGACAUACCUUAUUUAGGAAGGACCCAGUAUGUGGACUGAUGGGAGCUUCUUUCCCGUGUUUGGUUCAUCUUGAAUAUUCCUGGUUGCAUGUCUGGGGACACGAUGGCCCAGGCACUUGGGCAUCUUAAUUUCCACUAGACCCAGGUAAAGGAUUUGCUCGUUGGCAGUAAGCUCAGAAGAGAGAAUGGGCCCCGAAGGAACCAGAGUCCGUUAUUGCGUUGAUGGAUGCGGAAGUUCAUCUGCCUGCACUACCAAGGACCCGUGGCUCAGAUGACUGUGCAUGAUGUUACGGACAGUCUGGUGAAUGUGUGGGAGGAAAAAGGUGCUGGAGGUGGGAGAGAGAGAGAGAACUGAAGCCAUCUGAACCGAAACCUGAGCCCAGCUCUCCAGUGACUUUAAAAAUGUGUUAUUACUGGCCUCUUUGUUUUUAUGAUUAGAUAGGGAGAAAAUAGUCAGUGAACAUGUGAGUAACCAGGUGUGGAAAACCAUGUUGUUGUGCUUCCAAGCAGAAUUUAGCAACUCAGUCUGCAAAGAGGCCAUGACUUGUUCGCUUGUUGGAAGCCAAGUUGGUUGUCAAAUAAGUUAACUUUGAGCUUUUUUUCCACUAAGUUUUAAUAUGGAGGUUAUCUCUCUCUCAGAAAAGAAAAAAAAAGUUUUAAAAAGUCAGAUAUGUUUUUUCCUCAAUCAGAAAUACAGUUCUGUUUCAGGUCAGGCAGGAGUGAGAGCUUCCCAUCAUUCUUCCACCUCUGCCCUCACUUUAAAGCACCUGAAGAUGAAAUUCCCCCUUACAAAGGAGCAGCAGUCAGAUUUUGGCUCUACAAGAAGUAAAGGGAUUGCACACACAGCUGUAAAUGGGGGAGCACAUCCAUAACAUCCAUACUUUCUAGUUUACACCUGCUGUGAAAUCAUAGAUUGUUGUUGUUGUUGUGUCCCUCUAAAGAGAAACAUGGAAUUUAGGAAAACAUGCCGUUUUUUUUAACCCAUCAGCUCCACAGUCACUGAGGAGCUGCCACCUUUUUAGUGAGAGAUCGAGUUGAAGCUCUGAGUCUGUUCAGAGUCUCUGAGAAGUCGCUCAGCCCCUGCUUUCUGUUCCAGUAACCGCAGGAGUCAGGCUAUGAGAGAAACACCAAGCAUGCGCACUGGCUCUGAUAAUGGAGUUGCAGGGUAUUCUGGCUCUUAAAAACCAUACUUGAUUUUAUUUAACAAAUUUAAAUAGUUUAUUUAAAACUGAGAACAGACUGCAGCUGUAAUACACUCCAUCCUGGCCAGAGCUGGUCUUACUGAACAUAUAUUUCCGCUGCCAAGGACCAUGGUAGCCUCUGUGCAAGCUGGAAGGGCCCGCCCAGAGUCGUGUGACCAACUUUGAGGAGAGUGGAGCAUAAAAGCAGGGUUGUGUUCAGGACCUGAUCCUUUCGCGUUUCUCUGGAAGUUAUUUCCUUCCCAGGAGGGAAGGUUGCAACUCAGCAGGGACUGGAACUAACAUUAGUGAACAAAACAUGCAGCCAGGAGAGGACAUCACUUGGAAGCUACCUGAAUAGCACAAGAGCUUUGUUUGCCUUUAAAAAUGCCUCUUUCCACUCUAGGGUAUGCAGACUGAACUGAGCUUGGGAUGCUAGUACAAGAACAGAAUAAACCUGCCAGAGUGCAAAGAGCUACCAUUUUAACGCAAGGUAACAAGCCUGUUCCCACAGAGCAGCUAGUGGCCAGUAGGAUUAGACGGUUUCUAUCCAAGUAGCACUUCAGCCAAUGCAUCUAAAGGAACAUUUUUGUGAAGGCUACAUAGCAAGGCUUCUGUGACUGGGAGCUCAAGAAGGCAGCUUUACCCCAGUGAUUUUGAAAUAGUGGGAGAAGAAAACUUGCAAAAAAACAUUUAAAAAAUAUAUUAGGAAAUAUACAGUCAUUAGUUCAACGGGAGGCUCCUGCACUGUGAAGCUAACAAAUCUAUAAUGCUUUAAUAAUUCUGCGUGUUAGGGCUAAAAAUAACCCAGUCUCUUUUCAGGAUUAUAUUUUCCCUCAACUCAAAAGUAAAAUUGUGCUUCAGACCCUUUUGAAAGAAUUGGGACACUGGGGUUUGAUCACGUUUGACAACAACUAUGGAGGGGAUAAGGGUGUUUUGGUGUUUUUUUCCAAGGGCUGGAGGUGGGGAGAAGGGGUAAGUUGUACCUUUGUUUCUUCCUCAGCAAGUUUGUCACUCUCAAAUAGAGUCAACCAAGGCAGUAGCACCCAGGUUCCUCUUCUGCAAUGCUCAGUCAUGUCUCUCUCACUGAGGAGCAAAAUAGUUCAUCAGAGAAUAAAUACCCUUUCUUCA